AUGCUUGAAAAGCUUGAGAAGAUCAAACUGGAGGUUAGUCAGACUUCUGAUGAUGUUGUUGUGGAAGUCGCCAGAGUUUUACAAAAUGUGAAUGAAAGAUUGAUUAAGGUGGUGGUUGGUGGUUAUUUUCAGUGGAACGGGGGGCAAUUUAGGGUUGAUGUAGUUGAGAAAUUUCCUCAAAUAAGUGCCAAAUCAAGACGAUGGCCGCCAUUAACGUCCUCCCCUAAGCAAAUUUCAUACUCAAUUCUUCCUCUGUCCCUGUACCUUAUUCUUUCUGUCUUCACCACGUUUACCUUCUUUAUCCCAUCACGUCUCCAAUUCCUCGUCAGUUCAAUUCAAUUCAAGACAUACAAGGGGAUCGAAGAACUAGGUGACAGAAAGCAAGAAACAAUGAACAAGAUAGAAAGAGCGCAUCAGAUGUACAGAGAUGGUAACUAUGAAGAAGCGCUUGAAUUUUACACAGAAGCUCUUUCGAUUGCCAAGACAAACCCUCAGAAGAUCGCCCUUCAUAGCAAUCGAGCUGCCUGUUUUCUCAAACUCCACCACUUUAAAAAGGCAGCAGAGGAAUGUACUUCAGUGCUUGAGCUUGAUCAUGAGCAUACAGGAGCCUUAAUGUUGAGAGCUCAAACAUUGGUCACCCUUAAAGAGUACCACUCUGCACUCUUUGAUGUAAACAGGCUGAUUGAGUUAAAUCCUUCAUCAGAAGUAUAUCAAAAUCUUGAAGCUCGCUUAAAGACACAAUUGUCUCUUGCUCCAAUACCCGAGCUAGAAGAAGAAGAAGAAGAAGAAGAAGAAGAAGAAGAAGAAGAAAUGACUUCAGUAGAAGUAGCAGAAAACGAUAUUGAUGACACAAAGGGACAUGAGCGCGAUACUGCGGUAAGCAAUCUUGAAAAUGUGGAAAUUACCAUUACGCCCCCUCAAACGCAAAGUCUGAAAGAGGAAAUUCCAAGGCCGAAAGGGCAUUCGCGUCUUGAUUAUUCAAGAUGGGAUAAAGUUGCAGAUGAUAGUAGUGAAGAGGAUGAAGAUGAUGAUGAUGAUGAAGAUUCUCAACCUCAGUAUCGUUUUCGUGUAAAAAAUAUUGGUGUAAGUUUGGUUGGUGAACAGCGUGAAUGGUUCAAAUGGUGUAGAAUAUACUAUUCGGUUGAAGAUGAAAGAGUGGCUUAA